AAACCGCAUUUUUAUAAUUAAUAGCGCAUCUGAUAUUUAUUGAAAUAAAAAUGUUUAAUUAUUUAUUUGAAGGAACAAUUAUUCACUGCCCCGAACGUUUAAAAUUAGAUGUUAUUGAAAAUGGAUUUUUACAUGUUCAGGACAGUAAGGUAAAAUAUAUUGGAAACAUAAAGCCUGAGAAUAUACCAUCAAAUACGGUUUAUUAUAAAUUGAAUAGAUAUCAAUUUUUAAUACCAGGUUUUAUUGAUACACAUAUCCAUGCACCACAAUAUCCAAAUGUUGGAUUAGGUUACGAUGCUGAAUUAUUGGAUUGGUUGAAAAAAUAUACAUUUCCAACGGAAGUACAUUUUAAAAAUGAAAACUAUGCUAAACGUAUUUAUACGUACAUUGUGAGUAGAACUUUAAAAAAUGGAACAACCACAGCUGCUUAUUAUGCAACUAUACAUCUAAAAAGCACCAUUAUUUUGGCUGAUAUAGCUGAGGAAAAAGGCCAACGAUCAUUUAUUGGUUUCAAUAAUAUAACAGAUUGUGCACCACCUGAAUUAUUACAGGAAAGCAAUGACGUAUCUAUAGAGGAAACAGAAAAGUUUAUUCAAACAAUUUUAGAUAAAAAUAAUAAACUUGUCCAACCAAUAGUUACACCACGUUCGGCACUUCGCUGUAAUGAAGAUUUACUAAAACGUUUGGGAGAUUUGGCAGAAAAAUACCAACUCAAUAUUCAAACACAUAUUAGUGAAAAUAAAAAAGAAGUUGAAGCGGCAUUGGAAGCAUAUCCUGGAUAUAAAAAUUUUGCUGACAUCUUUGAUAGAAACAAUCUGUUAACAAAAAAGACAGUUUUAGGGCACGGUAUACAUUUAGAUGAGAAUGAAAAAAGGACAAUUCUGGAACGAGGUUCCUCAAUUGCCCAUUGUCCAAAUUCAAAUGUUUGUUUACAUAGUGGAUUCUGUGAUGUACGUGAUUUGCUAAAUCGUGGAAUAAAUGUUGGAUUGGGUACUGAUAUAUCCGGUGGUUGUAAUCCAACAAUACUUGAUGCAAUAAGAUUAUCCUUAAUAACUUCUAACGGUGUGUCAUUUUCGAAGCCAGAGGAGGAUAAUUAUAAACCUAUUAAUUACGUGGAAGCAUUUUAUUUGGGUACUCUUGGCGGAGCUGAAGCAUUAAGAAUUGAUGAUCGUGUUGGAAAUUUUAAUGUGGGCAAAGAAUUUGAUGCGUUGCUCAUCGAUUUAAACAGUAAAGACUCUCCAAUUGAUCUUGAUUUAAAAUGUGAAGACGAUUUUACAACGAAAGAAUUAUUUCAAAAAUUUAUUUACUUAGGUGAUGAUCAUAACAUAGAUAAAGUUUUUGUAGCAGGUCGAUGCGUUGUAGAAGACAGGUGACGUGUAAAAGUAGGUCCAUGUAAUAGAAGGCAAAUAUACAAUUAAAUGUAGUUAUUUGUAGUUAAAUAAAUCAAA